AUGUCAGAAGAUCGUACAGAAUCGGUACAUAUCAAGUACGUACCACAUGUAAUUCAAGGUAAUGUCGAUGACCGAGAUAUCUAUGACAUGGCAAGCAUCAUUGACACUCUUGUCAAAGUGCAAAUUAAGAGGAACCACUUCGAAAUACUGUAGAUAGAAUGUUCUUUACUUUAAUUCGCAACAUUUUAUUUUUAGUUUACAUUUCGCGAUUAUCACCGGUCAGAUUUCGCGUGCCCCUUUCUCGCGCUAUUUCAUUGUUUUAUUUCUGUCUUCCUUUCGAUAAGUAUAAUGCCUAAGCAUUUUAGCAUCUAGAAGAAACUAAAAUGAAUGUGAGCAGAAAAAUAUAAGACCGUUUUAACGAGACUUUUAAUAGUGAUUUAUUUGACUGCAGGAAGUAGAAGCAGAGUAUGGACCGGCCAAUGUGACGAUCACUUGCAUAGGAGUAGAUUCCCUAUCUAAGGAGAACAACGGAGCCAUGUGGGUGACAUCCGGUGGGAUAGGAUAUAAUUUUAUUAAGAUUAAGUUCAGGUCGAAAUACUCCCGAGGAUUUCAUUAUCGAGUCUACGUUUAUGGAAAACCGUACAGAACAAACUUUAAUUUAUUAUAAUUCUGCGUAA